AGGUCAUAUACUGCAACGCCUGAGGCACUUAAAUCCAUUUACGAAUUGUUCGGUGGUACCUUCUCUCUUCCCCACAACUUUGAAAGAACUGCUCCGAUUUACAAACCCGGUGAUAAAGUAUUGAAAAAACAAGAGUUAGUUGCACAAUCUCAAGCCGAUUCACGUCAACAAAAGCAGGCCUUCUUCUCAAAUCCCCAGACGGAAUUGUUGUGCGCUAUGCUUGAAUUGACAAAUCCCAAUGCAGUUCUCUUGGGACAGGCUUCAUAUAACCUCUCGGAAAUGGCCAAUAUGCUUGUGGAACGGGGUGAACUUGAUGAGGAUGAUGAUAAUGAUGGAUGUGGAGUUGAACCGAGUCCUGCCAAAUUAGCUCGAGUGGACUCCAAUCCCGAGGAGAUUAACCUCGAUGACUUGGAUGUAGAUGAUGAGGAAGAAAAUGCUAACAAUGGUGGUAUCGUCGAAGGCUAUGAACCGGGAGUUGUUCCAGUUAAUGACGUUGAUUAUAAUCCGCAAUAUCUUGCAGGUUGUGAACUUCCAAGUGCUUCUGAAUACUAUCCUGAGGGGGCUACGGUUAGUGCCAUCGAAGUCCAAUACAGCCCUAAUCCCAUCUAUACUUCUGAAGUAUCUUUGACAGAAGGAAAUGAGUACAAUCCCGAACCGCUUGUGAAAAAUCCUGAAGUGAUCGAUAUUGACAAUCUGAUUGAUGAUGAUGACGACGAGGCAUCUGCAGACAAUGGACCUCAGGAGGAAUAUGAGCCUGGAGGAGUUAAACUUGAGGUCUCAUAUAAUCCGCAGCCUUUUAUUGAGGAGGAUGAACAACCGACGAAACAGGAAGAUGCGGGACAAGAUGAGGGUCUGACAGUCUAA